AUGUCUGACGUGGACAACGCCGGGUACCGGCUUUUGUCGUUCAAGUAUACCCCGACGAAGCCGGUAAAAAGAGACGACCAGGCGGGUGCUGACGACAAAUCUGGUCAUCACAACCACGACAAGACCCGCACUCCACCACGAACAACCGGCGGAGAAUCAGAGUUGCCUUCGCUCUCGUCUCUCGCGGCGGCACUGCCAGCCGUCGAUACCAAAACCCCAUCACACGGCCAGGAUGGGCCCAGCGUGUCGGACACGGAUGAGGAUGCAGAAACAGCAACAGAUGCAGAGGGGGAAGGGGUAGCUGCCCCAGGUCCUCCAGUGCCCAGCUUUCACUUAUUCGGGGAUCUUCCUCCGGAGCUUCGCAUCAAGAUAUGGCACCUGACCUUCCUGCCUCGCGUCGUCGAGCUGCAUCCCACCAGGCCGAACUACGCCCGUGACAUUGGCCGUCAGCAGCAGUGGCAGUCCGCCUGCAGCAACCCAGCAGCCUUAUCCGUCUGCUCCGAGGCCCGCCAGAUCGCCCUGGGCCACUUCCGCAUCGCCUACCCUCUCGCCGCCAUCACAGCCCAGCAGGAGGACACGCAGGCCCCGUUCUCCAGGUACGUUGUGGAGAUCGGCACGUACAACUUCUCCGGCGCCAGCACCAAUGGGAAGGCCAGCCUCCGCCGGCGCACGCUGCGCAUCUCGCCCGACAACGACACGGUCGCGCUGCUUGGCCAGGACACCGACUUCGCCAAACUUUCACGGCUGCUCGACUCGUUCCGAGACGCCGACCCACAAGGGCUCGGCAUAGGCAGCCUGGCGCUGAGCACAAGGGGCUGGGGCUACGGUGGAUCAGCCGCCAUGAUGAGGGGCCUGGACCAAAGUAUCUUGAAGGACCUGGACCAGUUGACGCUUUUUAUAUACGGGGAGCCACUGCCGCCCCCGGAGUGGACAGUCAAGGGGGCGAGCUUAGACGAGGAGUCCUUGAGGCGGUUCAGGGAGACCGGGAACCGGUGCGAGCUAGUCCCCUGCGAAGGCAGCAAUGCUUGGUAUGCAUAUAGGCUGUGGAGCGGUGGGAAGGGCCGGCAGUUCUGGGACAAUGAUGGGAAGAUCAUGCGAGUGGGAAGGAACGAGUUGAAAAUCAUGGACCUGAAGUUCUCGGACGGGUGGUGA